AUGGUAAAUGGCAAUAGGACUAAUUGUUCUAGAAAGUUUGAUGAUGCAAUACGGUCCUAUCAAGCAGGUUACAAAACUCUCAUUGGUGCCUUACCGUACCAUCUUAUGUAUGGAAAGGUGUGCCACUUUUCUGUUGAACUUAAGCACAAGGCAUUAUGGGCAACGAAGAAGCUAAACUUUGAGUGGCAUGAUGCAGUAAAGCUGAGAUUGAGAAAGAUAAAAGAUUUGGAUGAGUUUCGACUCCAGGCUUAUAAGAGUUCUGCACUAUACAAGAAGACGAUGAAGCUGCAUCAUGAUCAAAAAAUUGAGAGGAGUAUUUGA